AUGGAGUCCUCCAUUAGCAGCACGAUGUCCACCAGCGAAGACCCGGACAAGAGACGACACCUAGAUAAAGGACAACAUCAAGCCCAGCAAGGAGAAGAAGAAGACCGCACGUCACAUUCUGGUUGCACGAGAACAGAGACUCUUGGAUCAGAGCGAAAGGGAAGUGACGUAGAACACUUCUUAUCCAACUGCGGAGGAAUCGAAAGACGCUUCGGAGAUCGAGAAAUGAAGGACAACGAAUCACUCCUUAUGUGCGUCUACUGCAAGGUGUUUGGAAAGCACUAUUCUGAUGCAUGCCCAAGGAUAGGAAGUGUGGCCGAAAGACUGGAAAUCCUGCGCGAGGAAGGUCGAUGUCUAAAGUGCAUCGGACUGCACGACGCGUUAAGCUGCAGGAAACGCCCAAUCUGCUUCUACUGCAAGAGAGCUGACCCAUCGGCGCCACCACCAGAGCACCGUGAGCACCACGCAAGCAUCUGCACCAAGCCCGAAGAGUACACCCGGAAGGUUCAGCUAAGGAAGGAUCUCCUCAGAAGGAUCGACAGGUGCAAGGAGCAACUCAUGAACUCGUGGAGACGCAGCGCAUCAGUAAGAGCACAAGAAGAGAAGCGGACACCAGAUUACCAGUCACGGCCUACUACACCGCGAGGUCCCCCCGACUUCUAUUGCUGA